AUGCCUUCUCUGGGUUUUUUAUUUUUUGCAGUCGUGCACGGUGCCCACACUGAUUACAUCACAUUUCACACCCAAACAGCAGUAGUGAAUUUAUUUAUAGAAGUACUGUACAAGCAAGAAAAAAAAAGAAUGAAAAUUUCUUUUUUUCUUUGGUUCAGGUUCAAAUUUAAUUUUUUUAAAAAAGAAAACAAAAACAAAAACAAAAACAGAAACAAAACACCACCACUACCGCCAUCACUACCACCACGACUACCACGACUACCACCACCGCCGCCAUCCUCCCACGCACAGAGGCGAGAGGUGAAGAAAAAAUUUACGAUCUUCCAAACAAUUGAAGGGAAAAACACAUCAACUAAAAAGUUUCAUCUUAUUUAUAUAAAUUAA